UUUCUAAGCAAGAGAUAGCUAGUGCUUCCUCCCUCCCAAGAGGUCGAAGUGGUUCUGGAAACUUCGGUGGUGGUCGUGGAGGUGAUUUUGGUGGGAAUGACAACAUUGGUCAUGGAGGAACCUUCAGUGGGCUUUGGUGGCAGUCUAAGUGGUGGUGGAAAGGGUGGCAGUGGGGAUGGCUGUAAUGGACAUGGUAACGAUGGCAGUUAUGGAGGAGGCAGCCCUGGUCACUCUGGAGGAAGCAGAGGCUAUGGAAGUGGUGGACAGGGUUAUGGAAGGAAGGCAGGGCAGUGGCUAUGGCCGGAGUGGCAGCUAUGACAGCUAUGACAACAAAGGAGGCAGAGGCGGUUUUGGCAGUGGUAGUGGAAGCAACUUUGGAGGUGGUGGAAUCUAUAGUGAUUUUGGCAAUUACUAUAGUCAGUCUUCAAAUUUUGGACCCAUGAAAGGAGGAAAUGUUGGAAGCAAAAGCUCAGGCCCCUAUGGGGUGGAGGCCAAUACUUUGCUAAAUCAUGAAACCAAGGUGGCUAUGGCGGUUCCAGCAGCAGCAGUAGCUAUGGAAGUGGCAGAAGGUUUUAAUUACUGCCAGGAAACAAAGCUUAGCAGGAGAGGAGAGCCAGAGGACAGGGAAGCUACAGGUUACAACAGAUUUGUGAACUCAGCCAAGCACAGGGGUGGCAGGGUCUUGCUGCUACAAAGAAGACAUGUUUUAGACAAUACAGAUGUGUAUGGGCAAAAAACUCGAGGACUGUAUUUGUGACUAAUUGUAUAACAGGUUAUUUUAGUUUCUGUUCUGUGAAAAGUGUAAAAGCAUUCCAACAAAGGGUUUUAAUGUAGAUUUUUGUUUUGCACCCAUGCUGUUGAUUGCUAAAUGUAAUAUAGUCUGAUCAUAAUGCUGAAUAAAUGUGUCUUUA